AUGGAGUUACUAGUUGAGUUUCUCAUUGAUGCUACAGGGGUAGAAGAAGUACCUAUAUCGAGAGACAUGAAGAAGCUUGAGGUUCUAUCUGCCAAUAAUUGCAGAUAUCUUCGUGAGAUUCCCGCAUCUAUCGGAUCCCCCGUGAACCUGAGGAGACUAUCAUUAAUAAAUUCCAGAAUAGAGGAGCUGCUGGACUCCAUUGGGCAGUCAGCCUCAUUGGUUGAACGGAACUUCUCAUACACCAGAAUUAGUAGAUUGCCAGAUUUUGUUGGAGAUCUACAUAAUUUGGAAUCGCUCAAGAUCAACUACACAGCAAUCACUUGUCUACCGGACGGAGUCCAAAAUCAAUUUCUCGAGUCUCCUAAGGCUGGAGAGGCAUUCCUCCUUGAGCUCAAACAAUUGCCAUUGUCUGGGGAUUUUGAGCUCAAGGAGGAAUGCCUCUCCAGCCUUAAGAGACUCAAGAAAUUGCUUUUGGACUCGGUGGAGAUAUGUGCCUUACCGAAAGAGGUCAGGUUUUGCUCUGAGAUCAGUGAAAUCAAAGGCCUGGGGAAUCUAAUAUCCCUGAAACUUCUUUUGACCGAUAGCUGCUGCCCUGUAAUUAAGCUGGACGGUCUCAAGAGGCUUGAGGAUUUAACUCGUCUGUUCGCCAUUUCCUUUGAAGUUGAAAGACUGUCUGACUUAUUGAACUUGAAGAGCUUGCAGUACCUACGGGUAGAGCAGAGCAGAAAGUUAGUUGAGAUUCAAGGUCUCAGCAGUUUGAGCAACCUCAAAUCCUUAAAAAUCAGUGGCUGCACGUCGCUCAAGCGCUUGCCAGAACUACCAAACUCUUUGGUGAUAUUAGACAUUGAAGGUCGCAAGCAAAUUAGCGAAAUUGAGGCGGUUGGAGAGUUGAAGUCCUCUCCUUGCGGGAAUUGGACAUAA